GCUCACCUACCACUGCUGGUUACUAUGGCAUCAGGAGAUCCUUCACAACAGACUUGGAUUUCCACAACACCAAGCAGUUUGUCAGUGAUGUCUACUCGUCCUCUCUAGGGUCCAAGCCCUUCUCGUGUGAUUCCUCUGCCACUCAGGGCUACCCAGCACUUCUGGACCCAUUCCUCACCGACCAGUACGGGGAUUACCGUGCCACUCCCCUCACGGCUGGCACCAGCUCCUUCUUCAGCCCUUCCUCUGUGCCCCCUCUCCUGCCCUCCUUCCCUAACGACACAGCACACCUCCUACUAAGGGAGCCCUGGGAGCAGACCUCACCCGACAGCCUCGGCCAGCUGGAUGGAGGCUGCUCAGACCCUCUGCAAGCACUGCCAGCCAGCUCCAGCUGCCUCUCCUCCCACGAGGCUGGAGGCAUUGCCCCAUACCGAAGCUCUGGCUGGAGCCCAGCCCUCCCUGGAGCCCAGCCUUACCCUCUGCAUCCUCUCGAAGAUGUCCACUGCUCCCCCAGCUAUGCUGCCACCUCGUCCUACUCCUUCUCCCCACUCAUGACUGUGGCAAAUGAGCUUCCCUCCAGGGUGAGCCACCUCUCCUCAGGGGAGGCCUCGGAGACAACGAUGCUUCACGAGAACUCUGCCUGGGCAAAAGAGGAUGGAAGCCCCAUCUGGGGGACCUAUGAAGGCCGGAGAACUUAUUGA